ACAAUUAUUCUGAUAUCAGCAACUGCUUAGAGACCACACUUGGUAAAUUCCUCGAUACACAUAAUUCUACCAAUGCUGAGAACAGAGAGACUUGGAUAUCAGUAUCGCCGUAAGCCUCCAUUGUCGAUAAAUACUGCUUCUUUCCAUCCGUUCUUCCCGGUUGAACUCACAGUGGCAAAUGCUAAAGAUGUCCUACAACACUAUUUCAAGGGCAUUUGCCCACAAUGCAAUAUCAAAGGCUACUCUUAUCAGAUGAGCAGUGUCUUCUUCAACCAAUACCCAAAGCUUUUCUAUAGCUGCGCCAAUGGGGGGGAGUUGCAAGUCUGCCAGGGACAUGGCGUAUCUCAAGGAGAUGGUGGAGAAGCAUAAUCAACCCAUCGUCCUGUUUCUUUUCGCGUGAGGUAUACGAUGAGUUGUACGAAGAGAUUAUCUCGAGCUACAGAGAUAUCCAAGAAUUUUCAC